ACAGAAAAAAGAAAAACUAGAAUCAUAUGCUCUCUUUUGCCAAACCCUACGGCGGUCAACCGGUCCACGUAGGCACGCCACCCCGACCUUCAUAGAUUCUCUCUCCAUAACCCCCACUCUCCUUUCUUUCAAGUUUCAACUAGGGUUUUUUCCUUUGUUCUCCAACACGGGGGAACAUUUAUCGCACCGAUUAAAGGGAGAGUUUCGAAAUCGUAGAAAUUCUUGCUUCUUUUCUUCAUCUUGAUCAACUCUUGUUCGGUAAAUCAAUCAAGUAUGGGGAGAGGGAAGUUUAAGGGCAAGCCUACUGGUCGUCGCCAAUUCUCUACUCCCGAAGAGAUGCUUGCUGGUACAUCUUCUCGUCCUCGCACAUUUAAAAAGGAAGAAGCUGAAGUUGAAGAGGUGGAAAGAUCUGAUGAAGAAUCUGAAGAGUCAUCUGAGGAAGACUCUGAUAGGAAGAAAGGAACCCAAGGUAUUAUUGAGAUCGAGAACCCCAAUAUGGCUAGGCCGAAGACCUUAAAAGCAAGAGAUGUUGAUCUGGAGAAAACUACUGAACUAUCAAGACGUGAAAGAGAAGAAAUUGAGAAACAGAGGGCUCAUGAAAGGUAUAUGAAGUUGCAAGAGCAGGGGAAAACAGAACAAGCAAGGAAGGAUUUAGAACGCUUAGCUCUUAUCAGACAGCAGAGGGCAGAAGCUGCUAAGAAACGAGAAGAAGAGAAGGCUGCGAAAGACCAAAAGAAGGCUGAAGCGCGGAAGUGAAACCGGGAAAUGGUGGUUUGAAUUGAAACUGGUAGUUUUCAUAUGUAUGGUUUAGCUGGUUCUAUAAAAAAAGUUGGAAGAUUUUAUAUAUGAUGCCAUUGGUGGCCAUUGUGGGGAUAUCCCUUUCACCAUCUUAAAAGUAAGGUAAUUUUGAUACCUUUUUCAUAAUCCUUAGGCUGGUCUACUGAUAUCUUGCACUUGCUGUGGGAAUGGAUCAAUUUUGUCAC